AUGACCAAUGAUUUACAAUAUAAUUAUUUAAAAGUUAAUCAAGAUCAAAUUUGUUUUGAACAUUAUAUAAAUAUUGUUAAUUUUGUUAAUUUUGUUGCAAAUCAAAUAUCUGAAAAUAUAAGACCAAGAACUUUUAUAAAUUUAGGUGAUAUUAUUGAAUAUAGUAAAAUUAGUUUAAACAAUUCUAAUUCUAAUACAUUAAUUGAUUAUUUAAAACUUUAUGAAGAACACCAAUAUAUAGAUUUAGAUCUUAAUAAUUUUUCAAAUAUAGAAGUAAAAAUUGUUAAUAAUG